AGUCUACAGGUCCACCUGAGUAGCUCCAAGGGUCCCAUUGAUGUUUUCCUCUGUACGGACGGUGGUGACUCUGGGAGCCUGCUACAAAAUGGCCUUGAUGUGAAUGGAAAUCACCCUGCGUUUCUCAAAGUCUCCCAAGAAGCUGCUACAGAUGGAAUGGCUGAUGGUGUGAAGAUGAACGGCUGCUCAAACGGUGGCGUCAACGGUUAUGGGCCCCUGACUGAAAGUGCCCCCAUGUCACCCCUCAGUUCCUCCUUGUCUUCCAUUCUCCAGCAGCCGGAGGAGUCCAUCCCCUUCGUGCCGCUGUCCCCUGCUCUUCUCAGCGAUGAAUACAUGCUGGGAUUGGGUGAUGAGCAGGGCAUAAGUGAUCUGUUUGACUCCUGUGACCUGGACACGCUAGCACUGGAUGACCUGCUCAGGAUAUGAGCGAUCAGGUUAGUUGAUGGUGCUGCUUAGUUCCUGAAUGAAAUCUGGAUUGGCGAGAUUGGUGGGCAUAACUAAGUGGAUGAACUACAGACUGAACUUCAUGAAUUCUAGAAUUGUCCUUGUCGCAUUUGACAUUGACCAUUUACGCAUGGGUCUCACUGCUACGGGAUCCAAGGUUUGUUGUCUGAUACUGUACAGAUGGGUUUCUGUAUCCUAAAAAAUGUCCUUUUAAAGUUAUUUUUAGUGUGGUGAAUUGCAUGAGCUGUGUGAUUUGUCUAUGAACUUUGUCAUACUGGUUUUCAAAAUGGAGUAUUUCUCUGCUCUCAAUGUGGACGCUUCUGUCCAUUUGAGAAUCUCUUGCUUGCUUUCUUGGGGAAAAAGAAACAUCUCGGCAUCAUAGGCUAGCUAAGGAUCACAGAAGAUCAGCGAGUUGUUUCUUUAUUGAAUGAUCCAAAGUGCAUUUGGUGCUCCUUCAUUUAGUCUGCUUUUUGCCAGUGUUCAGCAUCUCGGGGCACAGAUCAAGGAGCGAGUGCUUUGUGUGGUGAUCUAGUGAUCUCUGGGUAAAAUCAAAUCUGUUUUUCUGAGCUACAGCGUCUUAUGCCUUUUGUUACCAAAUGAUUUUGUGCAAAGAAAUGUUGAUGCAUUUCGGUGUGAUUCAUUGUGUAAACAACAAUGUAAUGAUUCUGCGAGUUCCAGUACUACAGUUUUGGCUCAUUUUUUUGAACUUUAGAUUGGAAAGUGAACUUUGGAUAUGACCCUAAUCUAGUCCCCCUUAAUGUUGAAUGUAUUUCAGUAUCUGGAUUGCACUGAAGACUGAAGUCUUACUAAGCCAUCAUGGACAUCUGUGGCGUAAAUCGCCACAUGAUUAUGAAACAUUUAGUGUCCCAUGGAGAAUUGUAGGUUUUUCAGUAGCUUUA